AGGUGCGCGGCCGGCCGGGAGCCCGUGGGGCUUCUCGCGAGAGCGGCCGGAGUCAGGCGAGAAUAGUGGCGGCGGCGGGGAAUGGAGAACCGGUGCGGGACAGCGGGCCGCAUGGAGCGGGAACUGGAAACCGUGCAAUACCGGGCUGAUGGAGCUCUGUUACUUGGAGCCUCGACGUUAUCUGGGCGCAGUUGGUUAGGGUCUGUCUGGGUGUUCAAGGACCCAUUUAAAGCUCCGAAUGAGAAGUUCUGCACGGUGGGCAUGCAAACCCCAGCUGGCGUGGUGGAUGCAUGUUGGGUUACUGGCAGAGAAAUUCUGGUUGCAUCUGAUUUAGGUGCUGUGGAGCUGUGGGAGGUGGCAGAAAGUGAAGGACAGAUGGUGAGCAAGUUCUGUAAAUACGAACACGAUGAUGUCGUUACGAAAGUGAGUGUGCUCGCAGGUGAAACACAAGCGGUCAGCAGCAGUCUCGAUUGCAGCGUGAAGGUUUGGGACCUAGAACAGAAGACGGUGCUGAAAUCUUACCAAGCUCAUUCGGGUUCUGUGAUGUGUGUGGCUGCUUGCCCUAAUAAUGUGAAUCUCUUCCUGUCGUGUGCACAGGACAGGAGACUUUUACUGUGGGACAGAAGAAAUUCCAAACCAGCUUUGCGGAUCGACACGGGAUUAUCACACUGCUGUCCAACCACUGUUACAUGGCAUCCACAGAACGAAAAAGUCUUUGCCUUUGGGACUGAAAAUGGAUUCGUGGGCGUGAAAACCUUACAGAAUCGGGUGGAUUCCAUUCAGCGCUCUGAGGUGCAUUCGCGGACUGUGUCUGGCCUACAGUAUUCCUCACACAGCUCUCCGCUUUUGGCUUCAGUCAGUGAGGAUUGUACUCUGGCUGUUGUUGACGCAAACCUCUCGGAAGUGUUUAGGAACAAAUCGCAUAAGGACUUUGUUCGUAGUGUAUCCUGGUCGCCCCUCAAUUCCAAUCUACUGAGCACAGCUGGCUGGGAUCAUCAAGUUCUACAUCACACUGUCAGUUUAGAAAAAGAAAUAGACACAGCUUGAGGAAGAAGUGGCAAUCUAAUGCCUAGAAGCUCAAUUUUCUACCAUUUCUAUAACCAUGCUACAAGUUUGAAACUGCCUUGAGCAAUCACACGUAGCCACGCCUGAGCAUCAAACCAACUUUAGAGAAAGGAGGGGGAGGUGAGGAGAGCAAUAAAUAAUUCUCAGCACUCCAAAUUUCUGAUUUAGAAAGUUAACUGACCUCCCACCACAUUCUGCACCUCUCCCCCCGACCCCCCAAUCAAGUUCCAAUAACGUGUGUGGUCUGUGUGACAGUGUAUUAGUAAGUCAUCCAAAUGUUUUAUCUUUUUGGUAGAUGGGCAGAGUGUUAUAGAAAUGGGAAAACGUUUGAUGAAAAUGUCACGGUUGAGAAAUAGGAAGCCAAGGGGAUUUGUGAUCCUGAUUCUGUGGCUUGAGAAAUACGUUGGUGGACUGGAGCUGCUGGAAUCCUGUGAUUCCUCUGUCUGUGUCACAUCAUUCAGAACAAACAAGAAAAGGAUUAAAGGGACAUUUAUUAAAACAUUUAUUUGUCAGUUUUUUUCUCCAUUGUUUUAUGUGGAGGCUGUCCCUGGGUAAUGAACGUC